AAACAUCAACAUUCGUCACCACGGGGGAAAAAGCAUGGCGGCCCCCAAGAUGAGCGUGGGUAAACCCACCGUGGACCGUUUACCGUGCAAUACCACCAGUUUUCAGAAGAAAUCACGAAGCAAACUAGUUUCAAUACCUGGCACAAGACCUUCGAUUCAAAACGGGCAACUUAUUGUUUCGACUGGUGUCACAUCUCUCGACUACGUGAUUGGUGGUGGUUUAGCAGUUGGAACCCUUCUACUCAUAGAGGAGGACCGAUAUGACAGCUACUCUCGUAUGCUGCUCAAGUACUUCCUGGCAGAGGGGGUGGUGUGUGGACAUGAACUCUACGUGGCGUCUGCUCUGGACCACCCCAAUGACAUCCUACAGGAACUCCCUGCCCCCAUCCUGGAUGACAUCGCCAGCCCCAAAACAGAGGACCAGGCAAAGUCAUGUGACCCUGAGAGUCAGGACGCCAUGAAGAUCGCCUGGCGCUACCAGCACCUGCCAAAAGUACAGACGGCCCUGGCGUCCUCGUCGAGGUUCGGACACUACUACGACGUCUCCAAGACAAUGGACCCUGAGAUCUGCCAGGCGGCCAGGUGCCACGGCUUCUACCUUCCAGAACACUCCACCGCUGUGACAUCACCCACCGCCACCACCCCCGGCCAGAGCCCUAUGCCAGAGACCUACUCCUCUCUGCUGAACAAUCUCCAGGAGGUCAUCCACAGGGAAGGCUUUGAUGGAUCUGUCCCCCAGACCAAGUCACGGAACAUCCUACGGAUCGGGUUGCACUCCCUCGGCUCCGCCCUGUGGGAUGACGACCUGUGUUGCCGUGAAAACCCAAGCCACGGCCACGCCCUCACCACCUUCCUUUACGGCCUCCGGGCCAUGCUGAGGUCAUCGCUCUCUGUCGCCGUGGUUACCGUGCCCUCACACCUCAUCCAGAACAGAGCUCUGAUGGGCAAUAUAACCAGGUUGUGUGACACGGCCAUCGCUCUAGAGUCCUUCAGAGGCUCAGAGAGAGAGACCAACCCCCUGUACAAAGAUUACCACGGUCUGCUAGAUGUACGUCAGCUGCCCUAUCUGAACUGCCUGGUGUGUGAUCUGCCCGACAACAAGGACCUGGCCUUCAAACUCAAGAGGAAGCAGUUCACCAUUGAGAGACUACAUCUGCCUCCAGACCUGUCAGAGACAGUGAGUCGUGUGAGCCGGGGAGAGCUGACAGGGACAGCCAUGGUGGGCUCCUCAGGCUGUGGCUCCGGCUCCACUGGCAACAGACAUCUGGACUUCUAGAACCCUCUCACCAUUAUCACCGCUGGCAGCAAACAUCUGGACUUCUAGAACCCUCUCAAUAUUAUCACCGCUGGCAACAAACACCUGGACUUCUAGAACCCCCCCUCACCAUUAUCACCGCUGGCAACACACACCUGGAUUUCCAGAACCCCCUCACCAUUAUCACCGCUGGCAACACACACCUGGACUUCUAGAACCCCUCUCACCAUUAUCACCGCUGGCAACAAACAUCUGGAUUUGCAGAACCCCCUCACCAUUAUCACCGCUGGCAACAAACAUCUGGACUUCUAGACCCCCCUCACCAUUAUCACCGCUGGCAGCAAACAUCUGGACUUCUAGAACCCCCUCACCAUUAUCACCGCUGGCAGCAAACACCUGGACUUCUAGAACCCCCUCACCAUUAUCACCGCUGGCAAGAAACACCUGGACUUCUAGAACCCCCCUCACCAUUAUCACCACUGGCAACAAACACCUGGACUUCUAGAACCCCCCUCACCAUUAUCACCGCUGGCAACAAACACCUGGACUUCUAGAACCCCCUCACCAUUAUCACCGCUGGCAACAAACACCUGGACUUCUAGAACCCCCUCACCACAUUGUCAACUGUUUCCCUGCCAACCGUUUUCACCCGCCAAUCUUUCCCUUCAACUGUCCAAGUGGCCUAGCAGCUCCUUCCUUUACUAGGACACUUUGACAUUUGAUAUUUUAGUAAAUGCUAUUGUCUAGCGCGACUUACAGUAGGUGUAUUGAAGUAAGGAGGCAGCGACACGCCAUCCAAGCCCCUCUAUGUAACUCUGUCAUCUUGUUGUGACUGGGCCUGUCUCAGGGAGAGAGAGAGAGAGAGAGAGAGAGAGAGAGAGAGAAGGUGGGGGGAUCAUUUCAACGGGAUAUCUGUAAUGAAACACAAGAUACACCUUUCUGCUAUUUCAUCAUCCUGCUGUUUCACCAUCCUGCUAUUUCACCAUCCUGCUAUUUCACCAUCCUGCUAUUUCACCAUCCUGCUAUUUCAUCAUCCUGCUGUUUCACCAUCCUGCUAUUUCACCAUCCUGCUAUUUCACCAUCCUGCUAUUUCACCAUUCAAUCAAAGGCAUCUUGAAAAUAUGUUUUUUGAUAAGUUGAAUAAAUGUGUAUAAAUCCA